AGUGACGUCACACGGCAGGAUGUCGCUGGCGUUCAGUUGUAGAAAUGGCAGCGCUGAGGCAGGAGCGUCGCUACGGGCUCUCCUGCGGCAAAAUCAACAAAACCAGCCACAGUCCGACCCUUUACCACGUCAAACUCACCGACACCGCCAUCCGGACCCUCGAAAACUACCAGAACUUGAAGGCUUCGCUCCCCAAUCAGACGUCCAUUUGCUUCAAGGGAAGCCAGGGGUAUAUUAAGAUCCCGACUUCAGACUCUCCAGAUGGAUUCAGAGUCUUCUCCUUCUACCUGUCCAGCGACAGCAAAGACAAACCUCAGUCCAGCUUCGACUGCGUUCAUCAGUUUGUUUCCGGAGAGGGCAAGGAUCAGCUGGAGGGCCAGGGGAGUAUCCAGGACAAGAUCACGGUUUGCGCCACGGAUGACUCCUACCAGGCCACGCGGGAGCGCAUGUCCCAGGUGGAGAAGGACAUCUGGAGCCGCUCGGCUAUCGAGAUAAAACCAGGGCCAAGUAAGUGUGUUAAGGUCCAGAGGAAGCAGGGUCUGGUUUCAGGUUCCGAUAGCAACAACAAGCACUCCCCCACUAAUAAGAGGACCCUAGUUCCCGGCCCUGUGGCACACCGACCCUUGAGGGACCGCGUCAUCCAUCUCUUGGCCUUAAAACCCUACAAGAAACCCGAGCUGCUGUUGUGGUUGGAGAGAGAACGGGCCAGUCCAAAGGACAAGACUGACCUGACCUUAGUGCUGGAUGAGGUUGGGAAGCUGAACCUUAAAGACAACAGCUAUUCUCUCAAGGACGAGCUCUAUAGACACGUCCAAAGGGAUUGGCCUGGUUAUCUGGAGGAGGAGAAGCAACUCAUUCACAGGCUUCUAAUCAGGAAGCUUCAACCGCUCCACGGCAGUAACCAGCUGAAAAGUCCCCAAGCCCAGCAGUCAUUCCACAAAACGGCCGCGGAUUCUCCCUCCCAGCUCAGUCCUGCAAAGACGCUUUCUGUGAAACGCCCCCUGCCUUUGGACCCAUCCGGCUGCCAAACCCCCAAAAAACAAAGACUAAUAGACCACUGCUUGCCGCGCCAGUCGCCGUCCCAGGGGGACUUCGGCGGCAACGGGGCACAAAGCGUCUCCGGCAGCCCGCGCGACAGAACCAACAAUCACCUCCAAGCGUGCCCCAACGGUCUGCACUCGCCGCACAAAACGGGCGGGUCGGCGACCACCCCCAAGGCCGAGCGGACCGAGCCGGCUCCCGAGGCCCCGACCCCCAAGUCCCCGCGCGUCGACGCGUUGUCGGUUUGCGCCGACCAACAACUCCCCAACGGUCAGCAUAAAAAGAAGAAGUCCAAAAGGCACAAAGAGAAGGAACGGGAGCGCUUAAAACCGGAGUGGAUGGAGACCAGCCCGGACUCGAAGAAGAACCAAGAAAAUCUCAAAGGUGAGAAAACACCCGUCAGGCGAACCGCAAAAGAAGACCUGCCGGACUAUUUAUUAAAAUACAGCUCAAUUACUGCGGCGGAACAACGCGAGCGGUACAAAGACGACUUCUGUUCCGAGUACGACGAAUACAGAGCGCUCCACGACCGCAUCGGGGCCAUCACUGAGAUGUUUGUUCAGUUGGGUUCGAAGAUCAACACGCUGUCCCCGGGGACGCAAGAGUACAAGCUCAUGGAGGAGCAAAUACUACAAAAGUACCGCAAGUAUAAAAAGAAAUUUCCCGGCUACAGGGAAGAGAAGAAGCGAUGCGAGUACCUCCAUCAGAAACUGUCCCAUAUCAAAGGUCUGAUCUCGGACUACGACCGGGCGCGGGAACUCUCCUAGUACAAAAUGGCAGCCGCUCUGGGGAAAAACAAGACUGAAAUGAGAAUGGAGCGAAAGACUCGCAGCCCCCACCCCCACCCCCACCCCCAGAGACCGACCGACCGGCCGGGUUCCGCAGUCGCUGAAACGCGACUCGCUUUACACCGUCGUGUGUUCAUGGAAUCAAGGAGCAAGGAGGUCUCAAAACGGUGGGACCUGGACCACUCACUUGAGAUCAAAAGUCGCCUUUUAACGUGAUGCUUUUUUUUUUUUUUUGUGCUGUAAAGGCUGCAAAUCGUCCUGCUGUAAAACGAACUGGGCAGAUGUGCAAGCGAAAAGCCAAACCUUAUCGUCGUCGCUUUCCUGAAUUCUAUCAUUCAUUCCUGCCGAGAUGUUUGAUCUAUUUUUUCUUUUUUUCCCUCACGCCGGAGAGCGCAUUAUGUUGAUGGUACAAUCAGUGUGAGGGGAAAACAAAUGCUACUCGUGUGUACGUGUCGAGCAAAGGAAUCUCUUCACUUGCCGUUUGCUGACAUGACGGAUUCAGUCACUUUAUGAAUUCACGACAAACUUACCCGGUUGAGUUGUUCUGACGCCAAAAAUGCAAAACUCGCCAGCUGACGCUAGACCCUCCAAAGUUGCAUCGAGGUAAAUCAACAUCUUGAGAUACAAGUGGCCCAACCUUCGACAGUUCAUAAAACAGUACUCAAGUCGUAUACUGUAUUCUUUAUCCUCUGCGAGGAGCUGAGAUGAUUAUACUGGACAGCAGGGGUGCCCAGACUAUUUUUUUUUUAUCUACUUUCUCAUUCUCGCGAUCUCGGGGCAGGGGGGCGCAUCGCCACGACCGCUGUGGAGAAAGCAAACGAGACAUCGUAAAUGGGACAUCUUGCUAGAACGCAUUUUUUAUGUGCGUGCGAUCGACGUGUGUCUGCCACACCUGAAUCAAGCGACGAGAUGGACGAUAGGCUGAUAUCUUCUUUUUUUUUUCCGACCAAAACUGCUCAGCGAUCGACGCGCUGAGCACCCCUGCUGUACAGACAUCCGUGUACACUAUUAUUAGUCCAGCUGUCUUAUACUGCCCCUGGUGGCCAUUAAGGGGAGCAGCGCAAGGGCCAUUCAAAUCAAUGCAAAGUGUGUGGUGGGGGGGGGAACCCUCACAUUUUAUUCUAUUUAAAUAUGUAUGUCAUUAACGUGGGUCGUUUUUAUAAAGUACUAAAUUAUAGAGCACUAUUUUUCCUAUUUAAAAACAAAAAACUACCCAUUUGUUCCCCAGAGACGCUGUAACGGAUUAAUUGCACUUCUCAUCAUUUCAAUCAGGAAAAGGAUUUGGAUUACGAGCACGGCCACAAAACGAAUGAAAGUUGUAUCUCAAGGCGCCGCUGUAUUUGCUAGUUUGUGAUAGGGAACAGCUUGUUGAUUUGUACUUGGGGAAAAAAAAAACAAAAACAAAAUAUGUCUGCAGUCUCCUAUCAAGCUUAGUGUCAGCCAUCAUUGCCUUCAUUUGUUUUUUUUUUUUUUUUUGUAUAUCACAAAGUCAUCAGCUCUCACUCGUCUCCCGCUAUCAACAGGUUUGUGUGCCGGCGCACACCUCCGCGGUGACACAAGCCGAGCCGUGUUUAUCCGGGUAAAGAUUCUUUGCCGUUUCUCUACCCACGGGAAUCGAGUUGAAAGGCGGAUUGUUACGCAAAAAAAAAAAAAAAAAAAAAAUGGGGACUGUGGAGACAGGACGGUACUCGGCUCAAAGCGCCACGGAUUUAAUUGGGUGGAAGGAGCAGGCUGACCUCUAAGAGGUGCGAUCACGCUCCGGCGGGUUUUAUUUUUUUAUGCUCAGGGGCACAUUUUGAAUACCGUAAUUCCCGGCCUACAGAGCGCACCUGGUUAGAAGCCUCACCGAGUACAUUUGUAAAGAAUGCAAUACACUGGUGCGGCGCUAAAGCCAACGCGAAUGCCAACGCCACGCUAAAGCUAGCGCUAACGGGAAUAGGGCCGGUUAAAAUAAAACAAGUAAAUAUCACUGAGACCGGUCAGUAACACGGCAGCAACACGCUAGCGCAGUGCUAACGGGCCAGUUAAAUCCCCAAGUGCCCAGAUUGAAACACGAGAUAUUUACAAAGACGGUACACAGAGAUCUUAACGCUGAUGUAUUUAUUAUUUCCCAUGUUAUAAUGUGAAACAGGUCUACAUUAUAACAUGAAAUGAAUCACGUUACAACAUAGAGCAUAUCAUGUUGUAACAUGAACGUUUCACAUUAUAACAUGAAAUGAAUUGCGUCAUAACGUGAAACGGUUCAUGAAAUGAUUAACAUAACGUGUAAUUAACCAAAUUAUAAUGUGAAAUGUUCAUGUUAUAACAUGAUAUGCUCCACAUUAUAACGUGAUUUGUUUCAUUAUAACAUAGAUCCGUUUCACGUUAUAGCAUUUGCCACACCAAAAAUAAAGGUCACUAUCAUGUUAUAACAUGAAAGUUUUACAUGAAAUGAAUUGCGUUUUAGCGUGAAACUUUUCAUGAACUGAUUCACAUAACGUGUAACUAACCACAUUAUAAUGUGAAACGUUCAUGUUAUAACAUAUGCUCUACAUUAUAACGUGAUUCGUUUCACGUUAUAACAUUUGCCACACCAAAAAAAGGUCACUAUAACGUUUUAACAUGAAAGGGUCCAAUUAUAGCAUGAAAUGAAUUGCGUUAUAACGUGAAACAUUUCAUGAAAUGAUUCACAUAACGUAUAAUUAACCACAUUAUAAUGUGAAACGUUCAUGUUAUAACAUGAUAUGCUCUACAUUAUAACGUGAUUCGUUUCAUGUUAUAAUGUAGAUCCGUUUCACGUUAUAACAUUUGCCACACCCAAAAAAAGUCGCUAUCACGGUAUAACAUGAAAGUUUCACAUUAUAACAUGAAAUGAAUUGCGUUAUCACGUGAAACCUCUCAUGAAAUGAUUCACAUAACGUGUAAUUAACCACAUUAUAAUGUGAAACGUUCGUUAUAACAUGAUAUGCUCUACAUUAUAACGUGAUUCAUUUCAUGUUAUAACGUGAUCCGUUUCACGUUAUAACAUGAAAUGAAUUGCGUUAUCACGUGAAACCUCUCAUGAAAUGAUUCACAUAACGUGUAAUUAACCACAUUAUAAUGUGAAACGUUCGUUAUAACAUGAUAUGCUCUACAUUAUAACGUGAUUCAUUUCAUGUUAUAACGUGAUCCGUUUCACGUUAUAACAU